GGUGGGUGACAGUUGAAAUAUCCAUACAGUUCCAAUAUUACCCCCGGUGAGCUCGGCGAAAAUGCGCGAGAUUCUCCACAUCCAGGGAGGGCAAUGUGGGAACCAGAUAGGAUCAAAGUUCUGGGAGGUGGUGUGCGAUGAGCAUGGCAUAGACCCGAUAGGACAAUACGCAGGGAAGUCAGAGGUUCAGCUUGAGAGGGUGAAUGUUUACUUCAACGAAGCAAGCAGUGGGCGCUACGUGCCGAGGGCGGUGCUCAUGGAUCUCGAGCCUGGUACCAUGGAUGCUGUCCGUACAGGCCCUUACGGCCAGAUUUUCCGACCGGACAACUUCGUCUUCGGCCAGUCCGGUGCCGGAAACAAUUGGGCCAAGGGUCAUUACACUGAGGGUGCUGAGCUUAUUGAUUCCGUCCUUGAUGUUGUGAGGAAGGACGUUGAGAAUUGUGACUGCUUGCAAGGAUUUCAGGUGUGCCAUUCCCUGGGAGGUGGAACAGGCUCUGGAAUGGGAACUCUGCUCAUUUCAAAGAUCAGAGAGGAAUACCCAGAUCGAAUGAUGCUUACCUUCUCUGUCUUCCCAUCACCAAAGGUGUCGGACACGGUGGUUGAGCCUUAUAAUGCUACACUUUCUGUUCACCAGUUGGUGGAGAAUGCUGAUGAGUGUAUGGUCCUUGACAAUGAAGCACUCUACGACAUCUGCAUCAGAACCCUCAAGCUCGCUACACCAAGCUUUGGAGACUUGAAUCAUUUGAUAUCAGCAACUAUGAGUGGAGUUACUUGUUGCUUAAGAUUCCCGGGGCAGCUCAACUCAGACCUGCGGAAGCUAGCCGUGAACUUAAUCCCAUUUCCUCGACUUCACUUCUUUAUGGUGGGUUUCGCUCCUCUCACAUCUAGAGGAUCACAGCAGUACCGUGCACUGACGGUACCCGAACUCACACAACAAAUGUGGGAUGCCAAGAACAUGAUGUGUGCUGCUGAUCCGCGCCAUGGGCGUUACUUGACAGCCUCAGCCAUGUUCAGAGGCAAAAUGAGCACAAAAGAAGUAGAUGAACAGAUGUUGAAUGUUCAGAACAAGAACUCAUCCUACUUCGUUGAGUGGAUUCCCAAUAAUGUCAAAUCUAGUGUCUGCGACAUGCCUCCCAAAGGUGUUGCCAUGGCUUCAACUUUCGUUGGGAAUUCAACCUCUAUACAGGAUAUGUUUAGAAGGGUGGGCGAACAGUUCGCAGCAAUGUUUAGAAGGAAAGCCUUCUUGCACUGGUACACUGGAGAAGGAAUGGAUGAGAUGGAAUUUACUGAAGCAGAGAGUAACAUGAACGAUCUUGUUGCUGAGUAUCAGCAAUAUCAGGAGGCCACGGCUGGAGAAUAUGGCGAUUAUGAAGAAGACGAAGAAGAAAAUGGAGGCGCCGAAACCUGAAGGUGUUCAUCCAAUCUCCUAUUUCUCACGUUGCAAGCACUCGCAAAUCAAUAACUCGGUCUUAUUGCCAUAUUAUCUGUCAAGUGGCGUUGUUUGAUUUGAUGCACGGCAAUUUCAAAAAAGUAGACAUGGGUUCUAUAUGCACGUCAAUGUUAUGCUUUCAAUGUGGUGGUUCGUUUACAGCUAGCUGCGUAGCUGCGUGUCCGUUUUGUGUUCUCCGAUCUUAACUCUAUAAAAGAUGCUACUUCUA